UCCAGGCACAGACAGCUUCAUCUCCCUUUCACCUCAACUAGCUGUUCUGCCAAGGGUUUUAGUCGCUCGAUGCUGCGAGCCUAAAAACGGCUGAGCAGGCAGUACAGCAGCAGCAACAGCAGCAGCAGCAGCAGCCAAAGAGCAAGUUGUCAGCUUCGUCGGAGCCGUCGCUCUUCAGUCGCGACAACCUUAGCAAAGAGCUACUACUAGUAGUAGUAUCAGCGGGGCACCAAGCCACACCCCCUGAGUGACCCAAAGGGGAGACAACUCCGCCGACUAGCUUGUCUCGACGUGCAGUUCCCUUGCUUCUCGUUACUCCAUCUGCGAGACUCAGGAGCUUCAUAAGGAGGGGCACCACGGUCCCCUGGUUGCCCGUUCACCUCCUUUGCGCGCUUCACCACCCUGGUCUCCACCAUGGCGUCGACGCUCCAGCGCAUCUCCAUCCGGGCCGCCCAGGACACCUCGAUUAUCUCCGGGGCGGACCCGACCGUAUGGCAGAAGACUGAUCCACUGCGUCUCUUCAUCAUCCAGGCCGGCAUCAUUAUCAUCUUCACCCGGAUCCUUGGCUGGGGCUUAUCAAAGAUCCGGCAGCCAUCCGUCAUUGCCGAGGUCAUUGGAGGUAUCCUCCUCGGCCCAACAGUCUUCGGUAGGAUACCCGGUUUCACAAACCACAUCUUCCCCACGGCGUCGAUCCCCGGUCUGAAUCUGGUCGCCAAUCUCGGCUUGAUUCUCUUUCUCUUUCUCGUUGGUCUCGAAGUAGACCUCCGCAUCAUUCGCAAAUGCGUCGUCUCGAGCACAGCCAUUUCCGCCACCGGCCUCGUCAUUCCCUUUGGUCUGGGUACCGCCGUCUCCUAUGGCAUCUACAAGGACUUCAUCGACCACGAAAAGGUCUCCCUUGGCCACUUUCUCCUUUUUACCGGUGUCGCCAUGGCCAUCACCGCCCUACCGGUCCUGGCGAGAAUCGUGCUUGAGCUCAAGCUGAUCCAGACGCGCGUCGGCGUCGUCGUCCUGGCUGCUGGCGUGGGCAACGACGUCGUCGGCUGGAUCCUUCUCGCCCUUACCAUCGCCCUCGUCAAUGCAUCCAGCGGCCUCACGGCCCUCUACGUCCUCCUUGUGGCCAUCGCCUGGUGCCUCUUUCUCUUCCUCGUCGUUCGUCCAGCAUUCAUCUGGCUCGCUCGACGCACCGGCUCGUUUGACAAUGGGCCCACGCACUUUAUGAUGACAGUCACCAUUAUUCUCGUUUUUCUCAGCGCCUUUCUGACCGACUGCAUCGGCAUCCAUGCCAUCUUUGGUGCCUUUGUCGUCGGUCUCAUGAUCCCUCACGAGGGCGGCUUCGCCGUCGCGCUGACGGAAAAGAUCGAGGAUGUUGUUUCAGUCAUUUUCCUGCCCCUGUACUUUGCCCUCUCGGGCCUCAGCACCAAUCUCGGCGACCUCAACACGGGCCUCAUUUGGGGUUACACCAUUGCCAUUUGCGUCAUUGCCUUUUUCUCCAAAUUCGUUGGCUGCGCCACUGCCGCUCGCCUCACGGGCUUCACCACCCGCGAGUCACUGGCGAUUGGCACACUCAUGUCGUGCAAGGGCCUCGUCGAGCUCAUUGUCCUCAAUCUCGGCCUCCAGGCGGGCAUCCUUGACCAGCGCGUCUUCAGCAUGUUUGUCGUAAUGGCCCUUGUCUCGACGUUCCUCACCACACCCGUCACUCUUCUCUUCUACCCCGCUCACCUUCGAGUCUCUUCCGACGAUGACUCGUUGUUUGGUGGACCGGCAAAGGACCGUCGAAUCGAGGAUAGAAGAGUCAAGGACAAGGGAGAGCAAGGAGGUGGCGAUGGCGAGGAUGGAGAAGACAACGACGGUGGUCUUGGAGGAGCACUGGGUCUUCGGCUGGCCAGUAAAAAGGUCCUCGUCGUCCUCGACCGCUUCGACCACCUGGCCGGCCUCCUGACGCUCGUGCAACUCCUACGACCGUCGCAGCUGCCCGCUUCGUCGCGAGAGGCUGCAGCCUCUUGCGACGGUGUGCGAAGGCGAAGGGCGAGGCAGGAAGACAGCGAUGUUUCCGAAAAGAAAGCCGAGGAAGCCGAGAGCACAUCUGGCCAUGAUACGGCUGACGAUGUGGCCCUCCCUACUGUGUCCAACGGGGAGGCAGACUCUACCGAUGGCGGCAGCGGGCAAGACGAUGCCCACCACCGUCCGGACUCCGAUCAGCACCACCACGCCACUAGCAUCGACGCAUUGCGCCUUGUCGAGCUGACCGAGCGAACGUCUGCCGUCAUGAAGGUGGCUGAGUCGGAAGAGACGCUACGAGCCGACCCUUUGAUCAACGUUUUCAAGACAUUUGGCCAUCUCAAUCGACUGCCGGUCAGGUCGACAAUGGCCGUCGUUUCUUCGGAUGAAUUCUCUGCUACCGUCGUCGGCCGAGCAAGUCGGGAGAGCUCCAACAUGAUUGUUGUUCCUUGGAGCAUGCCGACUGUCCAAGCCGUCACUAGUCCUGGAGGAGGCGGGGGCGGCAACACCGGAUACUUUUCCUCAAUCGGCAACCCAUUCGAGAGCAUCUUUGGUUCCUCGGGUGGCGACAUGACAGCGCCCGCAUCGACUUCGAAUCAGUCGCCGCCGCAUCAGGCCAACUUUGUCCGCAAGGUAUUCCAGACAUCUCCUUGCGAUGUCGGCGUCCUCGUCGAUCGAUCGAUGGCAUCAACACGGGCGACGCCACUCGUCUCGAGGCGUCAGCACGUCGUCAUGGGCUUCAUGGGCGGCCCCGAUGACCGAGCAGCGCUCAAAUUGGUCACUCGCAUGUGGACCAUCAACGAAGAGCUGUCCUUGACGGUGCUGAGGCUGAAGCGCGUCGAACCAAGCCAGGCAGGCGAAUCGGCCAUUGCUAGCCUUCCGCCUACGCUCCAACACAUGCACUCAACCAGGAGAGAGGCCAGCGGGGCUGGUUUCAGUCUGGUGCAAGAUACCAUGUACCCAACUGCCAAUUACGGCGCUACGCCCCUCGAAGCUGCGCUCGAGGACAAUCUGGCAAUUCAAGAGGUGGAGACUCUCCUUGCCGCGGGUGGCUCCGCUCCUAGCUCCACAUCGACGCGCCUGUCCAUGCAGGUGGUGGAGACGUCGAGGCCCUUGACGGAGCUUGUGCGACACACCAACGAGAUUCAACCGACGCUCGUGGUCGUGGGUCGUUCUAGAAGACUGCCAGCGAUGACGCACCGCGACGAGCUCCGAUACCUGCUGGCGCGAGGGACCAUUGAUGAGGAGAAGGAGAGUGGCGAGGACGCAAAUGCGGCUGCUACGGCGGACCCGGUGGCGGAGAGGAUCCUCAACGGAGAGACGUGCAAGGUCAUUGGAGAACCGGCAAUGGCGGCAACGAGGCUCCUCAAGACUCAAGCUCAGAUUCUCGUCGUUGCUAGCGCCAUGCGGAACCGCUCAUCUGCGGCUGGUAACAACUUGCACGCCGCGACGACAUUCCUCUCCGAGGCCUAAUCUUCGGGCACUUUCCCAUCUGUGCUUGUUUCUGUAAUACCAGCGACGCUCUUAACGAAUAACGACGACAACACAAUGUCCAUCUACCUGUUCUUAAGCGACCGUGGGCGCUCUUUGUCCAUUCAUAACCUCAGUCUUCAGUUCUUCCUAUUUGCUUCUGAUUGAUUUCUCUCGUUUUCUUUUGAAAAUUC